AUGCUUCCUACAGAGGUAUCCCGCUCUAUUAGCCAACAAUGGCCUUGUCGCGAGCUCCAAAGCCGCCAACUCGCCAGUCUUUUCAGCCCUCACACCGCUAGCCCAUCCACACUAGUCGUCCACGGGAUAUCCGCAACCUGCAAAUCCACCAUCGUCCGCGCCGUUGUUUCCACCCUACAAGUUCCGCACGCUAUCGUCCGCAGCACAGAGUGCAUCACAGGCCGCCAUCUCCUAACCAAGAUCCUAUGGACGACUUUGGAGGCAUUGAGCCGGAAGAAUGAAUGGGAGAAGUUUGGAAAAGGACGAUGCGAGCACGUUAGUGCACUUGUGGUGCUACUGGGGGAAAUCCUAGCGUCCUCCGAGGAUGGGAAGUUCGUGUUAAUUCUAGACGGCAUUGACAAACAGAGGGAAGCGCCGCAGACGUUGUUGGCUGCGCUGGCGAGACUAGGGGAGGUGAUCCCAUCGCUCUGUGUGGUGUUGAUUUUGAGUUCUACGCCUCGACCACUGUUCUUGCAAGCUGUCGCGGUUCCGCAUGUCAGUUUCCCGCCGUAUACGCGGAGUGAAGCAACCAGGAUAAUUUUGAACGCAGAUUCGCCGUUUGUCGACGGGUUACCGGUGGAGGUUGUCACUAAGGUAUACCCGCAGUUUGUGUCUACGAUUUUCGACUCGUUGGUUGGGCCUACGGCGAGCUCGAUCCCUGUUUUCCGGUCGAUAUGCGAUAAGCUGUGGCCGCAGUUCGUGGCGCCGAUAGUGAACGGUGAGACGCCACCUGGAGGGACUGGAGAAUGGGAUUUCAUGCGGCUGCUCGUUCGGAAUCGACCACUGUUCCGACAGCAGGGUGAAGCGGCGCUGGUGCAUCAUAUCGUUCCUGAAGAACCUACGCAGGAGGCUGGGGCGAUAGCAAAGCCGUCGUUGAAGGCUGUAUCCGCACCAUCACCUCUUCCGUCACUACCAUACUUUGCAACUCUUAUCCUCACAUCCGCAUACCUGGCUUCGCACAUCCCGCAACGUCUCGACACAAUCUUCUUCUCGAAAUUUUCCUCAUCCUCACUAUCCGCACGAAACAAGCGCGCCCACCACCGUCGCCGUUUAAAGCUUCUCUCCCGCGCACAGGCAGAAGACAAGAAAGCCAACAACCCCUCGACGCCAGGCAAGGGCAAGCGCCAGAAAACGCGUAUCACGAAAUCCACCCUCGAAUCCGCCUUCGCUAGCUCCUCCGCUACAACAUCCGCACCUGGCGGUGCACCGGGCGUAACAGGUCCGUCGACUAUCCUCACCGCACGACCCUUCCCACUUGAACGACUUGUUGCGAUUUACCACGCCAUCGACCCUAACCCACCCGCGAACCCGAUUAAAACAGCAGCAGUGUCAGAUGCGAUAUACGCAGAGCUGGCUACAUUACGAAGACUACGACUAGUCGUGCCCGCGGGGGCAAGGGAUAGCAGUGGCGGAAGUGGCCGUGUUGGUGGAGGACCAUCCGGAGCAACGAGUCUGAGCAGUGGGAAUACAACAGCCGAUGCGGGUGAUAAAUGGUGCGUGAAUGUAUCAGGCGAUUGGAUAGGGGAGGUGGCGAAGGAAGUUGGUGUUGAGGUUGGGGAAUGGCUGGCAGGUGGAUUAGAUUGA